CGUAAAGGAAGAAUCUUCUCUCUCUCUCUCUCCGAUUUGGUUUUUUUCUGCCCUAUCUGGGGUGAUUUUAGGGUUUGAUCUUAUUUGAAGAUCUUCGAGUUAGAAACUAGCAGGGGAUUUCGAAAGGAUUUGGUGGAAUUCCUGUAGGAUUUCGAGGUUCUGGCCCUAAAUUUUUAUUUUUUAUUUUUUCAGAUUUUUAGAUCUCUGUUCCAUUAUUAAAUCUCAGGAAGUGGAUUUUGAAACGAUUUUGUGAAUUUUCUGUGAAAUUUCGAGGUUUCUGUCCUAAAUUGUUCGGUUUUCGAAAUCUAGAAGUCGGAUUUUAGUUUGAUUCAGAUUUGAAUCUCAGGAAGCUGAUUUUGAACAGAUUGGUGAAAUAUCUGUGGAAUUUCGAGGUUUUGGUCCUCAAUUCUUCGAUUUUCAAACCUAGAAGUCAGAUUUGAUCCGAUUCACAGAAAAUUGCGUGAGAUUUUGAGCUUCUUGCUGCGAAUUGGAUUCUCAGGAAACAAAUUUUGAACUGAUUUGAUGAAGUUUCUGUGAAAUUGAGAAGUUUUGGUCCUACAUUCUUCAAUUUAAGAACCCUGGAAGUCGGCGUUUGAACCAGUUUGAUGAUAUUUCUGUAGAUUUUGAGGUUUUGGUUCCAAAUUACAUUUUCAAGGAGUGGAUUUCCAACCAGUGGUGAAACUUCUGUUGGAUUUCAAGCUUUUUCGUUCUAAAUUUGUUUAGUUUUUUGGAUUCUGGAAAUCAGAUUUCAAUCCGAAAGAUCAAGCUUUGAAUUUGAGUUAUUUGGUUUUUUAAGUAGUCACUGUAAAAUUUGAUAUUCACAAGAAAGAUUUGAAUUUUUGAAAAGAUGACGAUGGGAAGCCUUACCGUGGGGAAUGAGAAGAAGCUGCAGAAAAACAAGCAGGUUGUUGAUGAGAAUGCUCCUCUGCUUCCUAGUAAGCGAGCGGAAGAUGCUGAUCACGUUGAUGGUUUUAGUGGUGCUUCCUUCGCUGGGGCUGUUUUUAACCUGUCAACAACCAUCGUUGGCGCUGGAAUCAUGGCAUUGCCCGCAACGAUGAAGGUUCUUGGGCUCGGACCUGGGAUCGCUAUGAUCAUUUUCUUUGCGUUCCUGACAGAGGCUUCGAUCAACAUGCUGCUGAGGUAUACCAGGGCUGGGAGGACAGUUUCUUAUGGAGGAGUUAUGGGGGAUGCAUUUGGGAGGAUUGGCAGGAUACUGUUGCAGAUUUGUGUUGUUGUUAACAAUGUCGGUGUGCUGGUCGUGUACAUGAUUAUCAUCGGUGAUGUACUCUCGGGAACAUCUUCAAGCGGAGUUCAUCACUCUGGUAUUUUGGAAGGAUGGUUUGGAGAACACUGGUGGAAUGGCCGUGCUUUCGUUCUUUUUGUUACAACUGUUGUUGUAUUUGCUCCAUUGGCGUGCUUCAAGCGUGUAGAUUCAUUGAGAUUCACGUCUGCCUUAUCAGUUGGGCUGGCGGUGGUGUUUGUUGUUAUCACUGCUGGGAUCACAAUUAUCAAAUUAAUAAAUGGCAGUAUAGCAAUGCCCAGAUGGCUCCCUGUUAUAACUGAUAUGGCAUCAGUCUGGAAACUCUUCACAGUGGUUCCUGUACUUGUCACAGCAUAUAUUUGUCAUUACAAUGGUAUGCAAACUGAAAAAACAAUCAUAUAUGAAACACAUACACAUAGUAAUCAUGGAAAAGUUCACACCAUUGACAACGAGCUUGACGACUCCUCCCAGAUGCAAUCAAUUGUGCGAACUUCACUCGGACUCUGCUCUACCGUGUAUAUAGCCACAAGCUUCUUUGCUUUUCUCCUCUUUGGUGAUUCAACCCUCGACGACGUGCUUGCUAACUUCAGCACCAAUCUCGGCAUCCCGUACAGCUCGCUGCUCAAUGAUGCAGUCCGCGUGAGCUAUGCUGUACACCUCAUGCUCGUCUUCCCCAUUGUCUUCUUUGCACUCCGGCUCAACCUGGAUGGUCUCCUCUUUCCCUCAUCAGGGCCUUUGGUUUUGGAUGACACGAGGUUUGCAUUGAUCAGCAUAGGGCUAAUCUGCAUCAUCUACUUGGGUGCAAAUUUCAUACCCAGCAUUUGGGAUGCCUUCCAGUUCACUGGAGCAACUGCUGCAGUUUGCAUUGGGUACAUCUUUCCAGCUGCCAUUACACUCAGGGAUUCGCAGAAGAUAGCCACAAAGGGAGACAAGGUAUUAUCUGUGUUCAUGAUCGUCCUUGCUGUGCUUUCAAACGCGGUGGCAAUAUACAGCAAUGCUUAUUCUCUCUUCAAGAAGAGCGAGGACCCGACCCACUCAUGAGUAGAACCUUGCAAAGUACAGAGGCCUCUUUGUAUGUGUACAUGGGUCCCAUUGGCAUGAUUGUUUUGCUGCUCCCAAAGAAGAUCAGAGGUUCUUUGAGGUUUGGCAAGUCUAAUAAGCUAUAGCAAAUUCAAUAUGUAGGUUGAAUUAUCUGCGAAGGUAUGAUAAGGGUUCUCUAUCUCUGUGGAUUGCUGUGAUGUUGCAAGUUCCAUUCUACACUUUGUUUUCUCAUUCAAUAGAAGAGAAAAUGUCCAUAUUUUGUAUCUUGGCCUGAUCUGCCUUUCAAUUUUGGUCAGCUCGGAGAACAGUAACAGCAUUGGUUUUCCUGAUUUCCCCUGUCCAAGUUGCAAGUGAGAUUGCAGAUUGUGAUUUGAAUGGUAUGUAUUUGCUUCCAAACGGUGCUAAACCUCGUUAUGUAAAUGUAUGUAUCAGAUUUGUUUAUGAGAAAUCAUUAGAAAGUUAUUGUUUUGUGAAUA